AUGAGUUGCCCCGACUGCAAGAACGGAGACGUACUUCCAGGUGAACCGACAGGGACAAUCAGUACUUCGGGCGCAUACUACGCGCCAGGGCCUUCUCCCCAUGCUAAAAGGGCCGUUCUGCUACUCACCGAUGUAUUUGGGCUACCCCUCAAGAAUAGCAAACUCAUCGCAGAUGCAUUGGCGAAACGUCUGGAGUGCGACGUAUGGGUGCCUGAUCUCUUUGCUGGCAAGCCAAUCCUAGGUGUAAACCAGCUCGACAUGCCUAAUCGCCCCGGCGUCAAGAUAGGCUUCUUUCGCUGGGUCCGCUUCUUCUUCUCCAUGCUGCCAAGCAUCCCUGCCUUUAUCCAAAGUCGGGCGUCAGUCGUUGAUCAACGGGUGAAGUCUUUCAUCCAAGCGGUACAAGCAGAUAAGAAGUACGAGAAGCUUGGCGCUGUGGGGUACUGCUUCGGGGGCAUUGUUGCCGUUCGCUUCGGUGCUACAGACCUUUUGGAUAGCAUCGUGGUGGUGCACCCUGGCCCAGUCAGCUUAGAGCAGAUUCGAGCUAUCAAGAUCCCGGCUGCCUGGGUGUGCGCAGAAGAGGACUUUAGCUUCAGUGACAAACUGCGUGAAGAAGCUGAGGCUGUUUUCGCUGGAAGAGAAGGUGAAAACAACUGGUUGCUCAUGUUAGCAGGCACUGUCCAUGGCUUCGGUGCUCGCCCUAACCUUGACGUUCCCGAAAUUAAGGAAGCAUUCGAGAAAUCCCAAGAUCAGAUUGUCAAUUGGUUCAAUAAGACCAUUCCCGCUUCGUGA